AUGCCGCCACUGUCUCGUGCCCGGGAGUAUGACGAGGAUUUAUACGAUUAUGACCGAGAUCCAUACCCCCGCAGAUCUAGGCGGGGUCGGCGUCAGGAAGAAUCCAUGAGAUAUAACAUUCGAGCACCUAGCCCGCCCCUGCCAAUUGAGGAAUUCGAACGUCUCGAUGUUCGAGACCGUUCAGCGCCCGAGUUUCUUCGCGAGGACUUUGACUCCCACAGAGACCGUCGGCCUCUUCCUGCCAGGCGCGAACAUAAUGGUAUCGGAGCACCGCCGCGCGAAUUGGCGAGGGAAUUUGAGAAGGCCAGAGGCGAAGCUCGCAGGUAUCGAGGACACCCACAUCCAAAAGAAGUGUUUCGGGAAGAUGAUUAUAUCUCUCAAGAGGAACCAGAACCGGAACCGGAGAGGUUUCAUAUGGAAAAUGAUACGGAUGGAGUUCUCCCCAUUCAGAGAAAAGAACAGUCAUUGCCCCGGCGUCACUACGGUAUCCAGGAAGAGUACAUUCCGCGCAGUAGAAGUCAGAAAGAGGACAGGAGGAUGCGACGACCGAGACUCGAAAAAGAGAUUCCUCCUAGAAGGGUGGAAGUCAGAGGUGACCCAAGGGACCAGCAUCACCACCACAGGGCUUCUCAAUCGCAUCCGGCAUUUGGGUAUGAAACGGAGAUCUAUGAUUCUACUGAUGAGGAUGUGGAGGUGAUGCGAAGAGGAAGACGAAGGGUGGACCCCCCAGGAAGAGAUAGGCCCGAGGAAGACAAUUUGUUUAUCCAGGACUGGGGGAUGCCAUAUUCGUCUGAGGUGGAAGAUCCCAGAUUUCCUCCCCCAGUUCGCAUGUCUCUAAACCAUCAAGAUUUUGACUCAGAACAUCGGCGUAUCCGUGAAGAGUAUCCAAUGCCUCGAGCACCCCGUCCACCAAGCCCCGAAGUCAGCUUUGAGAAGCCGAAACGCCGUCAUCGCAAGGAGAGCGGCGGAAAGAGCCCCCAAGAAGAGAGAAUCAUUGAAACAAGAGGUAGGGAAGAUUCCCCGAUUCCAGUACAUGACCUAUCCCCGGAGCCCUUAAGUAUGCAAAAAGACGAUAUUGCCAUACCUCUUUCCCGGCCGAGAUCCCUAGAACGCGAAAAGGAUGUAUUUAUGCAUGGGGAUGAGCAUGAAGAUGGAAAUACAGUCGAAAAACGAGAGAACAUGGCAGAAGAUUGGGCAAUCGUCAAUGCUUCCACCAACGCAAGAGAUGCCACACGGGAUGAUAACCCGGGCAUCAAACUGCCACAGAAACUAGAUUGGAGAUCCAAGUUUACUAUGAGCGAUGAAAGGCUAUCUGAUGGAGACGCAGACUAUGACCGCGGAAAGAUAGGACGGCGAUACGUCGGGGUUAAAGACCGACGAGAACGUCUCUGGACAGAAAUUACGAAGGAUCUCGUGGUGAAAGAGGCAAUUGAACGGAUGGGGUUCGAGUGUGAAGAAACCGUAUCGUCCUAUUACAUCUUCUCAUAUCUUCAAUACGAUGAUGUGUCUGCCCUCGUUGAACUGUCCGAAGACAUCCGUCGGGCACGUCGUCGCCGGAUCCAUGAAAUGGAGCUCCAGCGGGGCUCGAUGCACCCUGCCCCUGUGGCUGUUCCGGACAAACAGGCCCCGUUGCUACUGGAUAGGCCUCUGUCUCCUCCGCUUAGGUCACGGGAGGGUCGGAAAAGCAGAGAGCGAGAAUUGGCGGAAGGCCGUGGAAGGCCGCGCUUCGGACGUUGA